GAAAUGCGUUGUGGUUGUUAUUGAUAUUACAUGUUAUGUUUGUUUGCUUUGUCGUACCUACCUAGUGUUAAAAUAAAACAAUAUGAAAUCGCUCAAAGAAUUAAAAGAUGUUAUUAAGUCCAACGACAAUUUUAAGAAUUUCUUCAACGCGUCACUUGUUCCGGAAAAUUGUAAAAGUCAACCAUGUAUGCUUGGUGUGGAUGAAGCCGGACGUGGUCCAGUUCUAGGUCCUAUGGUGUACGGAGUUGCAUAUUGCCCAGUUGAUAAAAAAAGUGUAUUAGUGGAUCUUGGCUGUGCUGAUUCUAAAGCACUUACUGAAGAAAAAAGAGAUGACAUAUUAACAAAAAUGCUAACAGAAAGUGAUUCGUUGCAAAAUGUUGGGUGGACAUCAGAAGUGAUAUCUCCAAAUUACAUAUCUAAUUCAAUGUACAAACGAGCAAAGCAUUCUCUGAAUGAGGUAUCUAUGAAUUCCGCCAUAGAUUUAAUAAAACAAGUAUGUGCAUCUGGAGCAAAUAUAACUGAAGUGUAUGUAGAUACAGUUGGUCCACCUGAGAAGUACCAAGCUAAACUUGCUUUAAUAUUUCCUGACAAAAAGAUUACCGUAGCAAAGAAAGCCGAUUCAAUAUACCCCAUAGUAUCUGCUGCCAGUAUUGUAGCCAAAGUGACAAGAGAUCAUGCUCUAAAGGUGUGGACAUUUCUAGAAGGCCUAGAAAUGGAUUGUAGUGAAUUCGGGAGUGGAUAUCCUGGAGAUCCUUUGACUAAGAAGUUUAUUCGAGAGCAAAUUGACCGUGUGUUUGGCUAUCCGUUGCUGGUCAGGUUCAGUUGGUCCACUGCCGAGCUCAUGCUGCAAGAAAAAGCUGCCAUCUGUACCUUCGAGGAAGUAGAUGAUGAAGGUACCACAAAGAAACCCACUAAAUCAAUCAGCUCAUUCUUCUCAACUAGUAGUAACGAACGGAAACGAAAGAAACAUAAAUUUUUUGAAGAAAGAUAUUUGACUUUAGGCAACGCUUUUGAAUGAGUGAAGUUAUAUUAAGAAUAAUUCAUAGUAUUUUUAAGGAUAAUUUUAUGAAAUAUACAUUGAUCAUAAUCAUA